AUGCCUUUGCGUCUCACCACAUCAUUCGGCCUCAGCAUGUCUUCACCUCUGGUGCUUGGGGCGCUCCCCAACGAUGUUCUAACGAUUAUGAUACUCUGCAUGGAACUGCGGUCUAUAUUGGCUCUCAGCGAGACAUGUCGCAUGUUCUAUGACAUUAUUCAGAAUUCGGCGACGAUUCAGCUUUACCUGGAGCUUGCUGCCGACCAAGUGAUACUCAACACGAGGCUCCGCCAAACCCGCCGUUCGAUCGAGUGGUUGGAGGAUCUUGUCCGGAUACGAAAAGGCUGGUUGAAUCUCCAAAUGACAGCUCUCCCGCCCAUAAAACUCUCCUGUGAAGACAACGAGAUGCUCUCAGCUGUCCAAAGUGGGGUAUUUGCUUAUGGUGCUAGCACCCCGGGUCAACCUGAUGGAAUCAAUCGCGUCAAGAUUGUAAAGCUGCCACAUUUCCCUUCCAUGUUACGACAAAAAGACAGUAAUUCUCCGUCGGGAGUGUAUCCGGGUUCAAUUGUAUCGAAUGGUAGCCAUAUCUCGGCAUUUCGCGGUUGCCCCGAGCAAGACUUGAUGAUAUUGGGAUCAUUGACUGGCAAUGGCCCCUGUUUGUCUGUUCACACGAUAUCCGAGGGCGCCCCGCACCCCUUGGCCAGAAGUCAUUACCUUAGGUUCCAAACAAACAGGUUCAUGGGAUUCGCCAUCCAUGACCCAUUUCCUAUACAAAUCCAUGGGGAUUUGGUUGGGACUCUGCUUUGCUCAGGCCGUACUGGACCCGAGCUGCUUCAAUGGGAGAUUCUUAUUUGGAACUGGAAGACAGGGGCUCUCGUCUUCCGCAAGUCUACGACGUCGCAAAGCACCGCUUUUACCUUCUUGUCAACUUCCUCCUACAUCCUGGCGGAGCAACAAGGAACCAAGGCUUACUUGCUGGUUGGCGACAUCGAGGCAGAGUCUGAAAUGCCUACCGACACCCCAUGUUUCAAGUUCGAACUUCCGGAACUCUCCCCGGGCUGGGGAUAUGGACCUCUUUAUUUCAAAAACGAACUUCCCUCUGCGGUGCCAGAUUCAUGUGAAUCAACCCAGGGGUUUAUGGCGGACCCUCGUACAGGGGUGAUAUAUCUGUCUGUGGGUCUCACUGGACCAAUUAGUAGUCUUGCUGGAGCACGGACUGCCUUUAUACCUCACAUUGGGCUAUUUAUUAGUCGUGCGUCGAUUCUGGACACUAUUUCACAACCACAGUAUCGAAGCUGUGAGCUUGUCGACCUUCACUGGAGCCGAUGGGGUGAACACGCGACUCGUUGGUUUGAUGUGGGCGAGACUCCAGGAUUAUUGUCUCCUGUCCAUGGAUCCCGAGUGAUUCAGCUUGUUCGACGGCAUCCUGCAGGCACAUCGUGGCUUCAAGUCUUAGAUUUCAAUCCUUUCAUAGCUAAAAGAUACCCACCGUUAUACUCAGACGGCUCCCGCAAAACCACGAGAGGGAAGCGGACACGAAUAGGCAACUUCAGCACAUCGUUCGAGCGAUUGAGCAGUACAUUGUCUCAUACUCGCUGGGAGGCUUCUCGGUCCAACAGUGCCUUCGUUGAACGGUUUGGCAAAGAGCAUCCCACGAUUCUCGAUAUCCCUGGAGCCUUUUUGCACAAGGUGGUUUCAAGGUUACCCUACCGGUGCGUUACGCACAUCACCCCUCAGAAUCCAGGUGCAGAGUGGAUUCUUGACGGGGAAUACCUGCUUCGCGUAGACGAGCCUGCGGAAGGGAACGGUUUUUGCAUGGUACAACCAUAUGCUAUUUUUGAUAGAAGUUAG